CUUCAUCGACAUUUUCAACGAGACUGUUGCGGCAACACAAAGAGCAAAAGAUAGAUUUUUAAGCACUUUCUUGAUCGCCUAAACACUACUGCAGCCCGGCUGCUCUCUCAGAGAUGCUACUCCUCGGCCUCACUGGCUCGAUCGCGACGGGUAAAUCCACCGUUUCAAGCCUCUUGCGUACCGCGCCGUACAACCUACCCAUCAUAGACGCAGACGUCAUUGCACGACAAGUUGUAGAGCCAGGCACGCCAGGUUACAAGAAGAUAGUAGAGUACUUCGGGCCUACAACGCCUGAUCUCCUCCUUCCAACGGAUGAUCCUGUAUGCGGCGGUAAGGAGAACGGCAAAGAUGGGAAAGGCCGGCCGCUGAACAGGCCGGCGCUGGGUCGAAGGGUGUUUGGCACGAGCGAGGAUCGCGUAAAGGAUCGCAAGGUUCUCAAUGGGAUUGUGCAUCCUGCCGUGGGCAAGGCUAUCUACAAGGCUAUUUUCUACUACUUUAUUACGGGCCAUUGGGCAGUCGUGCUGGACAUACCCUUAUUGUUUGAGAGUGGAUGGGAAAGGUACUGCGGGAAUGUCAUGGUCGUCGCUGUGUCUGAUCCCGCAGUGCAGAUGAAGAGACUAAGGGAGAGAGACCCACACCUGACCGCUGAGGACGCGGAAAACAGGGUCAAAUCACAGGGCGAUGUGCGCGAAAAGGCGCGGCGCGCACUUGCAAGGGGCGAGAAGCGGGGGGUGGUCGUGUGGAACGAUGGCGACAAGGAGGACCUCAAGAGAGAACUGGCCAAGGUUAUGAAGGAGGUACAGGCGGCGAGUCCGCAGUGGUGGGCAUAUGCCUGCUUGGUGUGUCCUCCAUUGGCGGCCGCAUCUGCAGCGUACAAUAUCUGGAUCAAUUGGCGGGCACAGAAGGCGUGGACGGAGUCAAAGGAGAAGGAAAAGGCGAAAUUAUGAGGGAAUGGGGGUCUACUCUUCCCUCAAACAGCGAACUGAAAGUGGGCUUCACGAUCUUCCCCACAAACGAGGAUGAGGCCCAGCGAUGCGGUUCAUUCCUGCAUAUGUAUGGUACGACGUACAGCGCUUUUUUGUAUCUUAGGCGGCUGGAAUUCCGCAUCACGAUGGACCCAACCAGAUCUUAAUCCUCCGAGGUACCGGUGAGGAUAUCUGCCAACGCUGUGUGAGCUCAGCAGCGUCAGACCGAGAUGGCCAUCAGACCAAGGAGAAGGGUAGGCUGAAUAUCGGGUCAUGACUAAAGUAGCAUUUGUAAUACAGGGAUACCAAUAUCAAGAAUGCUUGAUUCUUGAGCCUGCAGGUGUCAUAUGUGGAUUACAUAUUCACACGUCGAAAAGGCGUGAGGGACUCGCUAUUAGAUCAGAC